AUGGAGCUUAUCAGUAACAAAUCAAUCUUUAUUUUCCUUUUCUUCUCUUCCAUUCUCUCAUUCUCAACUACUACUUCAGCCACUUCUGAAGUUCCUUCAGAGCUCGACCUUAAAUUCUUUCUACCAGAUUCCCCAUCUCCUUCACCAGCUGUUCAAGCUUCCCACCCUACUUUUUCUUCUUUCAAUAUCACAACAUUUAUCGCCAUGCAUUUCCCAAAGGUUCCAACUUCAUCAAUCCACUCUUCCCUUGAAAAUAUCUGCUCUGUUACUCAAAACCCUAAGAUGUGUGUCACUUUACUUGCUUCACACGUAACUCAGCCUGUAACUCCCCUUACAUCUUUGCAAGCUGUGAUCAAAACCCUUGAUGUUCUUGUUAAGGAUGCUUCCUUUGUUGCAAUGGACGUGCAUAAAGAUCCAUCAACCCCUUUAAAACUGAAGAAGAGUUUGGAGAUGAGCAUGGAACAAUACUGGAGAGCCAGUAAUAGCAUUGGACAUGCUUCGGCUGCAUUUUCUUCUCAUGAUAUUGAAGAAGUGAAAUCUAUGCUUGUUGUUGCUGUUACAAAUUUUGGAUUUGCUGAUGAAGCUUUCUAUAAACAUGGCUUAAAAAAAUCACCCAUGAAUGAUAUUAAUGAGUUUUUGAUCCAGUUUGCUGAAUUUGGCAUCGAUAUUUCUUCAAAUUUGACGAAGAAUUAUUAA